ACUUUCCGUAGUUAACACUUCCGGUCACGAAAUCAAAAUGGCGGCGUCCCAGGAUGGCAACGAUUUGGUCGACGGUGAUUUGCCCGCUGCUGUUAAACUAUUGAACACUCUCACAGAACAAGUAGUGUCAGUCACAAGUCACGUCCAGAACUUGAUCAAGAAAGUAAAGGAUAAAGCAUAUCAAACGUCCAAGGGAUUGUCCUACCUCGAUCUGAGGUACCAGUUGCUGUUGUUCUACCUCCAAGAUGUAACACACCUGAUCAGUGUCAAAUCGGAGGGGAAGAGCUUGAAAGACAACGAUGCCAUCCACAGACUUGUCACUGUCAGAACUAUUUUAGAGAAGAUGCGCCCACUGGACCAGAAGUUGAAAUAUCAGAUUGAUAAAUUGGUCCGCACAGCAGUAACAGGAAGUCUUGCUAGAAAUGAUCCGCUGCAUUUUCGUCCUAAUCCUGACAAUCUUGUCAGCAAACUGGAUGAGUCUGAGGGUUCUGAUGAGGAUGACGACAUGAAUGUUGGAGAUUCUGAGAAGAAGGACGGCUCCUCCGCAAAGAAAUAUGUGCCUCCCCGAAUUGCCCCAAUGCAUUAUGAUGGCGAUCUGACAGAGGCCGACAGGAAGAAGGAGCUGACCGACAAGCACAGACGCGCCGCCCUACGUAGUUCUGUGAUUCAGGAGCUGCGACAGCAGUACAGUGACGCGCCAGAGGAGAUCCGGGAUCGGCAGGAUUUCCAGACUGAACGCGAGAGUCGGGAAGAACAGCAUAGGAAGAACUAUGAGGAGACCAUGAUGGUUCGUCUUGGUAUGACCCGGGACCAGAAGGUCAGGAAGAGAGGGCUGGUAGGAAUGACCUCCCAGCUGAACAACAUCACACGUUUUGGUGACAUCACAGGACUGAUUGGUGGGGAAGGACAGGAGAUGGAAAAACCACGAACCAAAAAGAAGAAACUGAUGAAGAAGAACACAAAAAGAAAGGCUUUCAAGAAACGUCGUUAGAGCAAGCUGGUACAAGCCCAACGGCUGAAAUUCCACUACAUACCAGCUCACUUUCAACUUGGUGCAUAAAUAUAUUCAGCUUUUGCUGUUGUCAUUUGGUUUAAUAAAUGUGUAUGCUGCAAAUUAA